AUGGUUCUAUUCCCUGCCUCUUCCUUCUCCUCACUCCGAACGACUCUCCGCCUCCGUCCCCUCCUACGUUUUCCACCGAAGCGGGACUCUUCGUCGAUACGCGACCUCCAAGCAGCCUUCCGCGACCCCUCCUCGCCAUUCCACAUCCCACCCGGACAAUUAGGGCCUUCCUCUCCCGAUGCCCCACCACCACCGACGCACGACCAGGCCGCAGCGCAAAUGUCAACGCUAGCUUACCAACUCCCUCCAGGCUCAGCCGGCCGCUCGGACACACCGCAUACAUUAGAGCAAGCGAAAGAGUGUUUGAGGGAGUGGGGAUAUGACCCGCUGUCGUUUUGGGAGCAGAGGAUCGUUUGGGGGGAUCAUGAUGCGUUUCAGGGUGUUGAUGGGGUCAAAUGUGUAGGCAUGUCAAUAAUGUUCGUUAUGGCACGAAUAAAAUGGAUGAUGUCACUCGGCGACGAACUCGGUGGCCCCGAACGCGCAAGAGCCAUGAUCAGCGCGCAGGGUGUUUCCCUCAUCCUAAAAUCUAUAGAGGUGCAAUACAAGAGGAUCGUCACGUAUCCCGAUACCCUCCUAAUAGGCUACCGCCCCCUCCCCACUCCCCCUCCCUCAGCUAACUACCACCAUACAGACGACAACAGCACAUUUCACGUCGCCGCCUCUGCAUUCUCGCUAACCCAAGGAAAGAUGGUGGCGCAUUCGAAAGAAGCGCUGGUGUGGUAUAAUUAUGAUGUUGGGAGGAAGUGUGAUCCGGGCGAGGAGGCGAGGGGGGUCGUUAGGAGGCGGAUGGGGAGGAGCAGAGAAGCACGUUGA